GUGCGAGGACUUGUGCGCAGGACUCUUUCCAAGACGCGCCCAUCAAAACGUCUACGACGCGUUGUGUCAAGCCUCUGACAUCUUCACCUUUGUCCGAUCACAACAGCCGUAGUUGUGGACCACCGCGGCAUCGAUAAAUUUACAGCAUAUUAUGCCCUCAAGCCGACCUUCUCCCAGCAACAGCUCGAGCUCUCCGCACAACUCCAUCAGUCCAUUCAUGCCCGCCUCAUUCAGUUCGGGCUCGUCGACUCAGACGACCAUGAACAAUGACGUGUGGCGGUCUCCCGUGGACCGCAGACCGGUCGAAAAUGCACCUGCGAACAAUCUGAACGCCAUUGACCAGAAUUCGACUGCUAUAUACAUCCAUAAACUACCUAAAGCGACCAAAGAAGAUUCCUUGAGAAGCAUGCUGCUCUUUGCCAAAGAUCUCAUCGACGUAUCGUUCGCCAACCCUCGAUAUCCUGACGAAAAAGGCUUUCAGACAGCCCUCGCUCACUUUAAGACGCUCGCUGGUGCUAAAGAAGCCCAAGAGAUUCUUAAUGGCAAACCAAACCAGACCAAAGAGGCGAAUCUCAUCGUCGAGGUAGUCGAACAUCCUGGAACAAUCGGCUCGAGAAGGAAUACGGUCGACGGAGGAUUACGCCAGAAUGGACAGGGUAGAUCACGCUACAAUGGCACCUUUCAGUCGAUGGAAAGAGUGUCUCCUCCGAACGCAACUCCUGCUUUGGGCAAUGGCAACGAAUUCCCCGUGCCUCAUUCGAGCGCUCCGAUGCAAAGUCUCUUCUCCCCAACAUCUCCAGUAACCGGUGCUUUCCCGCACCGAAGCCUAGGCAAGACUCUUAUCACCAAUGGGGAUGGCGAUGAUGAUUCUGAUGGUCUCCUUCAAGAAUCCAUUGGUAUUGGAACAGGACAUCCGGCUUCAACAUCCCGCCGCACUACCAACCCUUCUAUUCCGAUAUCUCGGUUCUCGAACCUGUCCCUAAAUACAUCAAAUAAUGCUAAUGGACUGUCGUCUCCGCCAUUGAGCAGCUUCGCCUCCCCAAGAUCGAAUGCUCCGCUGCAGUCACCAAACGCCGGCCUGCAUACAAUGUCCCCCCACCCAACAGGCAACACGGGCCAUAGUUCGGGAUUUGCACCGUUUAACAAUCAACACUUCAGCCGCACCAAUCUACCACCAGUGAAUCCAGCUGACCAGAAUCCGCCGUGCAAUACUUUGUACGUUGGUAAUCUGCCACUUGACACAUCUGAAGACGAAUUGAAGGCCAUGUUUUCGAAACAGCGAGGCUACAAGCGACUCUGCUUUCGUACAAAGCAGAAUGGCCCCAUGUGCUUUGUGGAGUUCGAAGAUGUUUCCUUUGCUACAAAGGCCUUGAACGACCUUUAUGGAUAUCCUCUCCAUAAUAGCGUCAAGGGCGGCAUCAGGCUUAGCUUCUCGAAGAAUCCCCUAGGCGUUCGGACUGGGCAGAACAACAACAUGGGACCGCCGACUCCUAUGACGCCUCAAGCUACCAUGCCUGGUAUGCCAAAUGGUAUGGGAAUACCACCUGGGUUUUCGACUGCUACUGGACCUCCGCCAGGGUUAGCAGCCCCUCCUGGCUUCCAUAAUAAUGGUGCUGCAAACGGGGUUUCCAACUUCAUGUUUCCCAACAAUACUUUUACUGCGAACGACAUUGGCAACCAGCUGCGUCCCCAAUCUGUCACUGGCGCUUCUACUCCUGUCAGCAACAAUAACUAUAAUGGUAUGGUUGGCAACGGCGCCCCGAUGUCCGGUAAUGGGUUUCACCUCCAUGCAUCUGGUUAUCAAAACUAUAUGAUGGGUCGCAUGAAUUGAGCGCUCGACGUCUAAAGCGCGCCAUGUCUCAAUUUUUGACUUUCAUCUUUGUUCAUGAAUCAUGAGCCCCGGAGAGUCGCCGGUGCGUCCGUCCGGUAUAUGUUGCCAUCAUUUACAUUGUCUGCUCCUACACCUGUCGUCGCCAUUUCCACUCACCUCGGUAUCCAAUCAAACUUCUUUCUUU